UAUAAGAAGCGUUUUAACGUCGAUUGGAAAAUUUACAAAAAGCUGGUAAUCUCGUGUGGUUUCAAUGUCGUGAAAUUUAUCGCGGAAGGAUUACUUCGGUUUUAUCAUCUACGCGAAACUAAACAUUGACAUUGUGAAUAUCGAACGUGAUGCAUUGUGAGAAGUGAAUGUUUUAGCAUGUGAAGAGAUUUUGAUGUUUUCGUGAACCUUUCGGUUGUCGUGCCUUUCUCGGAAUUGGAGGAACAGGUGCCAACGCGCGUCAUGAAUACACCGCAAGCGCCGAAGCAGUACCAUUCGCCGUAUGGGUGCCUGGGUUGACGAUCGUUUUGCAGAGGUGGAGGCGGUCCCGAUUGACCAGGGCCCGAGAAUAAAGAAGACUUCGUGCAUCCUGGGCCACGUUUGCAAUGGUGGCGGUCCGGGUGCUAUUUAUCAGCCUUCAAAGAACUUUAAAUCGUCCACGUUGUCAGCAUCGCUGUUGCCGUUACGCCGUCAGUUCACCAGACAGCUGUACGAGUGGCCGUGCUUACCGUUGUUCAAGUCAAGGACGAAACUAGACCGGUUCCGGAUCGGUUCAUACGUCGUGGUCAUUCGUGCGUUAUAACUUUUUUGUAGCGGUGCGUGCGUGUCCCGAGUGCCGCGGAAAUACAGAAGAGAGAAACAGAGCAAAGAGGGGAAGAAGGAAUAACGAAUCUCGUUCUUGUCAGAGUAAACGAAAGUCACGUAUUCUUAAAUCAAAUUAAGAGAAAACGAAAUCCGUCGAGGUUUAAAUGCCGUCGCGUUGCUUUUCAGACCAUCGUGCCUAAACAGCAGGCUCCUCGUUGUCAUCGGUACAAUCAUCAUGGCCGAGUGGGCCAAGUUCAACGGUGAGGAGAAGCUGACCCAAUUGAACGAGACGAUAAAAACGGAAAGUAUCAGAGGGGACGAUAACGUCGCCGAGCUGCAUGGCGAUUUGAAGAACGGCGAGAUCGUCUCGGGUAAAGGCGACGAGGAGUGUUUGAUCGAGAGGAAGCGUUCGUACGGGCACAGGACUCCGCAGGAGACGCCGCGUAGAACGGAGCCAUGGAAGGGCAUCGAUACAGGCUCGGUGGAAUUAAAUUUCGCGAAGGACGCCUCGUGGCUCAGAAAGAAAUCGAAUCAGAUCGGCAUCCUGGCGGAGGAGCAAUCGAACGCGUUGUGCGACGAGAGUUACGAGAAUGACGCGGCCAGCGAGAGGUCGGACGACGAAGAGAAGCAGAACUGUUUGGAGAAACCGUACAGCAGCUACGAUGUGCCUGGUUCGAGGAUACGACAAGAUGCGAGGCAAGAGUUGAAGGAAGUCGCGCAAAACUCGGUGAAAAGGUUGGACAGCCUGUACAAGGAGGACAUCCCUGUCCUGAAGAUGGGCAAAAGCCAUUCCGCGGAGAGGAACUUGAUCUUUGGUUCCCCCGCGAGCAUCUUGUCGCCGAAGAAUCGCUCGCUGUCCACGAGCAGCACCGAGAAGUUCGUUAAUGGAAAAUCCCCGAGAGAGGACAAACAACAGUAUCAUGUACAAUUUAACAAAGAUUCGAAGAAGCAAUACUCACGCGACGAACGAUCGAAAACGAGCCCACCGAUCACCACGUUGACCAGCAGCAGCAGAAGUAGCAGCAGAAGCAGCAGCAGUUCCGAGGAUAAUACCAGCUUCGGGCAACUAUGCGAACCAACGCCGCCCGAUGGUGGUUGGGGAUGGGUGGUGGUGGCAGCCUCUUUCAUGGUUAACCUCAUAGCGGACGGUAUCACGUUUUCUUUCGGCGUGAUUUACGUCGAAUUUUUAAACUACUUCGGCGAAGGGAAGUCCAAGACCGCUUGGAUAGGUAGCCUGUUCAUGGCGAUGCCGUUGCUGUCGGGCCCGGUGGCUAGCUUUCUGACGGACAGGUACGGUUGUCGACGAGUCUCUAUAGCAGGGAGCCUCCUAGCCACCACGGGAUUCGUGAUAAGCUCAUACGCAAACUCGAUGGAGGUUUUGGUAUUCACAUUCGGCAUUCUCUCUGGCUUUGGUUUGUCCCUCUGCUUCGUAGCGGCCGUCGUCAUCGUCGCUUACUACUUCGACAAGAAGAGAUCCUUCGCGACAGGGCUGUCCGUGUGCGGAAGCGGCAUCGGGACGUUUAUUUUUGCACCUGUCACGCAAUAUCUCCUCGCCGAGUACGGCUGGCGGGGGACGACCUUGAUUCUGGCCGGUCUGUUCUUGAAUUUAGCCGUAUGCGGAUGUCUGAUGAGAGAUCUGGAAUGGACCACCACGCGGGCUAAAGCGAAAACCGAGGAGAGACGGAAGAACCGCGAGAAGAAGAGAACCAGGGUACAAAGUUCCAGCGUCGACACGAUAUCCGCGAACAAUUCGCUCAACACCCUCGCGAUCAUGGAGAAUCUUCGUCUACAGGAGGAGGAGGAAGGGGAAAAGUUAUUCUCCAGUCUUGUCAGCCUGCCGACUUUUGUUAAAAACGGCGAGAAAGUGCCAUUGGAGGUGUUGGAAAUGCUGAGCACCCGUAAAAAUGUUUACAACGUCUUGCUGCAAAAUUAUCCCAGCCUUCUUAUAUCGUCGAGAAGCUUGAGCGAUUCCGGGGCGCUCGCCGAUCAGCUUAACACGCCGUUGGCGAGAUUCGUGCCUACGCCGAGUUCGCUGUCGGAGCUGAAGGACGAGGAGAACAAGGACAAGGUCUCGCCGAACGACGAUCAAACUCUUCAGCAGCAGUCGGACGCCGCGUGGCGUUUGUGGUUGAAGAAGAUCAAUUUCGAUACCACUUUAAGAAGGUCCAGCACCCUCGAGCACACGAGGAGAAUGCCUACUGCUUAUCUGAAGGACAUCAGAAUGCAUAGGCACAGCCUUACCUACAGAGGUGCCAUGUUAAAUAUACACCGAUACCGUCUAAGGGCCUCCAGUUGUCCCGAUAUUUAUAGAAACUCGAUGACCACCAUUGCAAAGACGAAGCUCGUUUGGUACGCCGGCCUUUGGGAGUUCUGGGACCUCGUCGUCGAUAUGCUCGACUUCUCUCACUUCGCCGACUCGCGUUUCUUACUAUUCGCUAUCAGUAAUUUUCUCCUGCACACGUGGUACGACGUGCCUUACGUCUACCUCACGGAUAACGCUAUCGAGAUGGGGUUCAGCGAGACAGACGCUUCGAUCCUGAUAUCGGUGAUCGGGAUCACCAACAUGGGCGGCGAGAUUCUCCUUGGCUGGGCAGGUGACAGAGCAUGGGUAAACGCAUCCAUCGUAUAUGCAGUAUGCAUGGCUCUCUGCGGUGCGGUCACGGCUUUAAUACCUAUGGUGGUUAGCAGGUACUACACUUUGUGCGCAAUAUCUGGUGCUUUCGGACUAUUCAUUGGGGCGAACUACAGUCUCACCAGCAUUAUCCUCGUCGAAUUGAUCACUUUGGACCGGUUCACGAACGCUUAUGGCCUGCUGCUUUUGGUUCAGGGUGUCGCUAAUCUCAUGGGCCCUCCGUUAGCUGGAUGGCUGUACGAUAUCACGGGGACGUACGAUCUGUCGUUUUACCUGGCCGGUUUGUUUAUUGCGCUGAGCGGAGUGUUGCUGCUGGCGAUGCCUUUAAUUAGCCUGUACCGAAGAUGCGUGAACGGAUCGAAGAAAGAAGAGAUCGAUAAAGAUUUCUCGGGCGUGAACAACGUUUAAAUUAGCCAGGCCUUGUCGAGAUCGUUUCAGGGAGACAAGAAAAAAAAAAAAGAAAAAAAAAAAAAAAAGAAAUGUCAUCGAUACGCCCGAUAUGUAUUAUCCAACGGAAUUUAUGGAAUUAAUAUUUCCAGAACAGAGGAAUUGCGAUUCACAGCUGUACAAUUAAUUUCGAGUAUCCGAAACAAUUACGUGUUUUACAUUUAAUUAAACGUUCCUGGUUCCUUCGUAGAGUAGGAAAGUAUAAUUAUGUGCGAGAUAAUGAAAGUGUUCGACGCGCGAGAUGACUGACCAACAAAAACGCAAUAUCUUAGCUUUAAUCGUCAGCCUUAAAAUUUAGAGAUCAUACAAUUUAAAUAGAAAUGAUUACCAAAACGAAUAAAGUCAGUUGAUAACAACGAUGUCAAUUGUGAUAGGAAAUCGCAUUGCAACUGACCUAUAAAAGAGUCAUGCAACAUCAUAAUCAUAUCGCACUGUGCAAAAUCAACGAUCAUACUGUCAACGUUAUACGAAAAUACGAAGAAAAAAAAAAAAAUAUAUAUAUUGGUUGAUAUCUUGACAUUUUCAAACGCAAGACAGUUCAAGUCGCCUAUAAAUAUUUGGCGAACGAGUUUCGUUUGAAUCUUCGAAUCGUUGGCAAUCGAAAACGGUUCGAGUCUCAGGUUAAUUGUGAACGAUUAAAAUGACAAUUCGACGAAUGUUCAGCCGAAGUUCUUUUUCAUACAGUGUAGAUCAGUGUUGUUUUAUAUCUGUUCUCCGAUACACUUCUUUUGUUUUUGUUAAAAACAUUCCUUGCAUCAUAAAUUUGUUCAUUCGAUUACGCGUAACAUCUGACAGGUUAUUUGAAUAUAACGCCAAAGAUAUAACUGUAAAUAUGUGUCGUGUGGGAUAUCCUCGAGGUACAACUUUAAUAAUGGAGUUUUAAACAAAUAUUUUCGUCGUUCUAUUAAUUUUAUUAUUAAUUGUAUAUCGAAACAGCCGAAGCAAAUAUCGAUAUCUCUCUCAUUAUCGUGUAUGUAUUAUACGCACGUGUGUUUUGUUAAACACGCGCGUAUUUUUGUAUUAGUUUUUGGGUCAAACAAAGACAAAAAGUGAGAUUAAUCGAAUAACGAGCUCCAUGCAUGCUCGGUUAACCAUUACAAUAUAGUUUUCAUUCAUCUUUGGCUCAUGUGCGUUUGUGCAUGCAACGUUUUAAGACACAUGUAUGUAAAUAGGCGUAUGUGUAUAUAUAAUAUAGCUUUUCUGUGAUGAUGAACCUGGAUUUUACGAACUAUUCCUGCUACAAAUAGAUUAAUAUCUCCGUUUCUAUAGCGUGUGCAUGCGUGCGUGUACCUUAAUUCUAACAACGCGUUUUAAAUUUAUUUCGCACCGUUAUUAUAUUCAUCUUAAGUAACACGGAGCAAUAUAAUACAGUAUAAUGACGUUAUACAAGAGCAUUGCAACUGACAUUCUUCCUCACUCGGCGCGUUUCGUCAAUAAAACGCUGACGUUUGUAACGUUGAAUAAAGAAAAUGAAUUUUUGUAACGUUAUUUUAGAGGUUGAACAGACAGUAAUAAAUAGAUCGAAUUGAAAAUUUAUAAAAAAAAAUGGGUCGAAAUAGUUGUAAUUUCUUAAAAAAUACUAUUUUCUAAUAAUGUUCGUACAUAAAAAAAAAAAAAAAUUCCAUUGUUCGGAAAGGAACCUAUAUACGAAUUACAGUUUAAUCUCGUACUUCGAUAUAUAAAGCUAUUGGCACAUUUUGCCAUUUAGUAAUUCGUUCUCUUUCAUCGUGGUACACGAAAUUGUUAUACGGUGCGUGUGCUCGCGUUAUGGUAGCAUGAUUCCGCGAGAUUUGUGAUCUUAUAGGCGUUUACGAAACGUAUGCAAUAUUUUAUUAUGGAAAUAAAAAAAAAAAAAAGAAAUAAAACUAAUGCAUUUCAAAAUAUACGAAAUUAAGUCGGAUCGACUUCGAUUUAAGCAAGCGAAACUUACAUUUAACGUAUUCAACCUUAUCUGGGUUUUUUUUUUCUUGUUUUACGUACGUUAGUUGAAACAUCCGAAGGAUGUGCCUCUAAGUAACUAAAAGUUUUUCAGAUUUUAACUAUUGCUUAUAAUUUAACAAAGUACCAAGGCUACCUAAGUAUUAAAUUUCUCUCUUGAAGACUCCACUCGUUGGCUGUUAUUCAGUAAUUAGAAUGUUCUCAUUAUCUCUUUAUUAAUAAGAUAUCCUAUUACCCACUGUUGAUAAGCUCGAAACAAUCGCUUGAACGUUUGAAAGUGAAAACAGGAAAAUCUGUACAGAACCGUUCUUUUAGAUUUUACAUAUUUACAACUAAGAAAGCAUACUACAAUUGUUGCUUGCUAUGUGGUCCAAAAAUGAGCAAUCGUAUUCGCUCGUUAUCUGGACUUUCGUGAGCAGUUUGCCGAAUGGCGAACCGUAAAUUCUACCACAAAUUGUUUUCCGGUUUCCUCUAAUAUCGAACACGAUAAUUCAUAUCGAAAUUACGUGAAAUUGUUUAACGCAUUGACUGCCACGUAAAUGUUCCUAGUCUAGGUUUAUCCCCGAUCAUUUUUCAAAUUAUAAUAUGACAGAGGUAUUUGACAGUUUACAGCAUUCUUAAUGUCAGCGAUGUUAUCAACAAAUUAUAAAUGUUAAGAUUUAUUUAUUCUAAGUAUUUUAAAGACACGUUGUUAAUUUAAAGCGCUGAUCACCCAGUGGCCACUACGGCAGUCAAUGUGUCAAUAGUCGGUUUUACUUUUAAUUUAUAUCUAAAUAAAUGCGAUUUCCAAUAAGAAAAUUAGUAGUAGGAAACGACAACGUUGAAUAAGUUAGAUUUUCUUUGCCAUUAGUUCUUAUUUUUAUAAUUCUCGAAUAAUAAUUUACUGCACACGAUUGCCCAGCUAAAAGAACGAUUUUGACACAGUUACAGACAAAUUGUUCCAUUGUAAAUGGAGCACGGAGACUUACGUUGAGACUCCUUUUUAGAUUUUAGAAAAACCGUUUUUGAAUUAUAUACAUGUCUAUAUAUGCACACAGCUACACGUACACAGACAUACAUACACACAUUCACGUAUAAACGUAUACUAUUCACACCUACAAAAGUAUAAAAGUCUUAUUUCAACAAAAAAUAAAGAUUAA